ACAUACGUCAUCAACACAAGCCUCGAUAUGCGCUUCAUAAAAAUAUUCCUGGAUUACUCGACACGCGCUUCGAAGCCUCGACACAUCACUAGAUAUGAGAGGAGGAUGACUCAAGAUGGUGGCAUGACUACUCGUACUUUGAGACGGUAGAAUUAACUGUACAAACUCCUCUUAUAAUACAAUGUGUUUGCUAGCGAGUCUAGUUUGAGAUUGACGUCAUUCGUGGGUGUCAGGUGACAAAACAGGAAGAGACAGACUUCCUGUACCUCCAGGGAUUAUUAGGGAUGAUUAGAAAGAAUUCGCGCGAAGGAAGGUAAGAGCUGAUAAAAUACACGAGCUAACAGGAUGGAGGAUGAUGAACUUCCGUCAGCGGAUGGGUUGGGUGGGCGUGGCUCUCUACUUGCUGCUCAGUGUCAUGGCGGUGUACUACGUCUUUGAUGUUCGCAGCUUCAGUUUGGAGCAUGUGCAGAGAGGCGGUGCUGGCCCGUCGGCUCCACCCCUCGCCAUCAGCUGGUCUCAGCGAGUUAGUGCCCACCUGCCACCACUUCCUGUCUGGAUAUGGGCGUCGGUUUUCCUGCUGCCAUACCUGCAGCUCUUCCUCUUCCUGUUCUCCUGCACGAGAGCCGACCCUCGAGCGGUUGGUUAUUGUGUCCUUCCUGUCUGCCUCGCCCUGCUCUGCAGCCGCCAAGCCACCCGCAAACCGGCCAACCAGAGAGGCCCACUGCUCAUAGACACGUAGUGGACGGUCAAUCGGAGAGGCCCGCUGCUCAUCGGCGCGUAGAAGGCAGCCAAUCAGAGAGGCCCGCUGCUCAGACAACAUACUGAACUGUUUAUGUUGUUUGUGAUGUCACUUCCUGUGUGCCUUUGAACCCUCCACUGUGUCGGUCAGGAGCUGAUGCUAAGACAGGCGUGUGUGUGCACGUGUGUGGUCAGUUGGUCGUAUUUAGUAAGAUGAGUCACAUGACACACGCUGGUAAACAUGGCAACUUUAUUACGACAUUAAUAAAAUGGGGAAAAAACAA